CAUUACACAGACUGGCAAUAUAUUCAGAGUGCAUUUCGAUAACAAUUGCCAGUGCGUAAGUGCGCGGUCUUGCUUGCAAACGGUGAACCUGAACAUGUAUCGGUAGUGGAAGAUGUUAGGAGUCUGACAGUUCUUCGAAUUUCACACGCACAAUUUCAUCUGUAUUAAAAUAUCACUCCAACCAACAUUUCGUACAUAAAAAUGCCGUGGAAAGUUGGUGGAAAUUUCGAAACUGUGGCGGUAACAUGUGAGACAAGUUGGAAGGAAUGUGUAAUCGCGGUAGCAAAUUAUUUAUGGAGCGAGGUCGUGUCUGAUGUCGUUGAUUAUUUAGCGAAAGAAGGAAUUAUAUGGGUUUUAGCAAUAGCCAUCACUUCCACGAUGCUUAUCCGUAUAAAAUAUUGCAAAAAUAUGCACACGCAGAAUUCUGUGCUUAACAAACGAAUACUAAAUAAAGUCGGAUAUAAAAUUCAGGAUCUGGAAUUGAAAAUUAAUGUUUUAACGUAUAAAAUGCAAUAUGGGACGUGGCCACUGCCACAUCAAAUCUGUAAUAUGAAUCCAAAGUUGCGGAAGAUCAGGUUGACUUUAUCUAAUCCGGGUGACCGAAAAAAUUGGCUGAAGCACGUGCUGCUAAGUCCCUCAUCGGAGAACAGUAUAUGUGCUUCUUAUUCGAACGCGCUUCGUUCAUCCAAAACAAAACUGAAGAAUCGUUUUGACGACAAAAGACAAGAAUGUGAUCGACAACAUGUCAAACAUCGUGAAUUAUCAAUAGCCUGCAGUAGCACUGAAUCUUUGAAAUCUACCAGUGAUCAAUCUGUGAACAUAUAUUCACAGAGGCCAGGUACAUACUCGCAAAAUGCGAGGACAAAGGAAAAUGGUCGCACGAAAAGCAAAGAUUUCACGUUACAAGAACGAAACGUGCAGCUGAUACCGUUAGAUCCGAACGUGAUUAAUCAUCAAUCUUCAAGAAUAAUUCGUCCGUUGACACAAAGCGUUGCAUGUGCGACGAACGUUAGAUACAAUCCAUGCCAGGAAUUCACAGAUACCGUCUCUAAAUGCAAAUCAUUUCUCAAGGAAUUGCAAUACAACGAUAAACGUUUGCGUUCAUCGAAUUAUUCGUCAGAAAUGAGCGAAGUAUCUUUGAAAGCCACGCACGCAGCAAAACGAGUAACCUAGUCGCCGUUAAUUUAACUCAAAUCGAUAAGCAAAAUUGUAAUCAUAAAUUCGUUACGUUUUAGACAGUCUCGC